AUGGUUAACGCUGAAAGUAAAGUAAAUCCACAAGAUAGACACCCAGUUGUCAAUGCAGCCACUAUCAAAGCUUCUGAGCCAUGGCCAGCUUCCAAGAAAAAUACAAAGCCUACAAAGCCCAUAAAGCCCAUAAAGCCUACAGAUAACCAUGCUGAUUCCAAUCAAAAUACAGAAUCUAUAUCAGAUAGCGAGGUAUCUCAUUCAAGCACUUCCAAUAAAAGAGGUGAUCCGGCAGCCUGCAUAUUUGUCGCAAGCCUUACCAAAGAAAAGAAUGACGAAGAACUGAACUUAUCAGUGUCAAAUCACUUUGUCCGAUGGGGAAAAUUGUUAAAUGUCAAAGUACUCAAGGAUUGGAUGGGGCGUCCAUAUGCGUUUGUCCAAUAUGAAACUAUCGUUGAUGCUCAAAAUGCCUUGCGACUUGGCCCAGGUACGAUUCUUGAUGGACGCAAUAUUAGGUGUGAGCCGGCGCGCGUUAAUCGUACUUUGUGCCUUGGGUCCCUAAAAGGACCGUUGGUCAAAGAAGAAGUCCGUGCAGAAGUGUCUGUGCAUGGGGAAAUUGAAGACAUCACAAUUCUGCAUCCUCGGGGUCGAAAAUAUUGUGCAUUUGUAAAAUAUCAUUACCGCGACGAUGCCAUUAAAGCUUUCCUAAUUCUUAGGGCACCUCCAUUCACUGAAAGAUGGACAGUUGAAUGGGCUUCUAAUUUGGAUUCAAAGGACCCAGAGUCACGGUGUUCAUAUACUGACAGAACAAGCAUCUUUAUUGGGAACUUACACGAAGACACCACCACUGGAGAAUUGACCGAAAAGUUUGGGGUGUACGGAACAAUCAUUUACUCCCGUAUUAUCCGUAAGCCAGUCUAUCAAGGUCAUAAACGCGUGUAUGCCUUUAUAAAAUAUAAGUCCGGAAAAGAGGCCACAGAUGCGAUUGAACAUGAAAAUACCUUCCAAUGGAAAGAGAAAGAAUUGCGGGUGGCGUACCGAGAUCACUACAAUUCUCACCACAGCCGGGCCGGACAUAUUUCAGAACAGACCUAUCCCCCGGGGAUGGGAUAUCCUGCUUCGGUAUUCCAGUAUAUGCCAGUUGUCCCAAGUGGCACAGGAUAUCCGAUUGGCCAAUGCUCUUCUGCCUCGCAUGGUACUCCUUUAGCAGUCGAACCUUAUUUCUACUUGCCUGUUCCACCCACAGUCACAUCAUGUCCUACUGUCACAGUAGAAUCCCCCAUGACAUGUGUGAGUUACCCAGCUGUGCCCUUUCCAGCUGUAUAUCACGAUGGGGUUAAUGUGACGGCUAAUGACACCCAGAUCUCUUGCACAAAACAAGCCAGCACAGACCUAAGCAAGACAGGGCUUUAUGUACCUUGCGAUUACGGACACGGUCCUUACCACCCCUACUAUCCUAUCACACGUGAGAACUCCUCUCUAGUAUACUAUGACACGCCCUUUUAUGGCUAUUAUAUCUACCCUUAUUCCAACAGUCACCCCGUCUGUGUUCCCAAAGAGGACCAGGCCAAAGUAUCCCUAGCAUAG